AUGUAUGAGGAGAUCAAGAAAGCAAAUCCCGAAUGGUUGCUCAAUCCUAAGACUGAAGCAACCAACAAAGCGUGUAUCGCAGUCAAACUAUCAGACACAACUACCAUAUCCACCAGCAUUACACAAGGACUCUUGCUCCUGCUAGCAAACCUUAAUCCCAUCAAUGAGACUCGGCCGAUUUCGGACUUAGAAGCAUUGCACGUCAUAGAGCAUCACUUGCCUCAAGGAGAAGCCCAGCCACCACUUGUAUUGUUCCCGAGGAGACAGGACAUAAAUGACUGGUAUUUCCAUGUGCAUCACACAUCGAGAUGUAAUGACGACUGCAGAUUCCAUCCUGUCAUGCUUGAAAUAUUCGGGAAGCAAAGAUGUCCACAUGGAGAUAUUCUAGUGGUAAAGGAUGGCACAGGUUACAUCCCCGAUAGUCCUGAAUUUGAUGUAGACUGUGAGGAAUUGGGGAGAACUUUAUGGUGGUAUAUCAGGAGUGGGAUUAAUCCUGUACAGGAGGCGAGUGAGAGACGACUAAUUAAUGUACAAGGCAUGAGAGACAUAGACACAAUGUACGACAGAAUUUCACAAAUGCUGGCCACUAACCCAGGAGCAAACAAGGCUAAGAAUAAUGACAUUACAAUGACAGGGAAGUAA